GUUUACAUAUAUAGCCAGCCUCACCUCAUAAUGCGAAGCAACACCGGAGCAGUUGUCUAGCCAGGGAAAAGAGGCAUGGAUUCCCUCAAUGUAGACACAAUGGAGAGCCAAAACCAGGUCCCACAACCACAAAAAGGCACUACAUUCCUCAGAACUUGCUUCAAUGCGCUGAAUGCUUUGUCAGGUGUGGGAAUCUUAUCAAUCCCAUAUGCACUUUCAGAAGGGGGCUGGCUAAGCUUAACAAUUCUUUUCUUAGUAGCAGUUCUGUGUUAUUAUACAGGGCUGCUUCUACAACGUUGCAUGGAUGUUGAUCCACUCGUUAGAACAUAUCCUGAUAUUGGUGAACUUGCUUUUGGGAAAAAGGGAAGACUCACCAUUUCUACCUUCAUGUAUCUUGAAUUGUACCUGGUUGCGGUUGAAUUUCUCAUCUUGGAAGGUGAUAAUCUGCAUAAACUAUUCCCAGAUGCAUGUUUCCACCUUGGUGGCAAGAAAGUUGGAGGAAAACAGGUCUUUGUUCUACUUACGGCGCUCAUAAUCUUGCCCACAACAUGGUUAAGGAAUUUAGGAUUGCUGGCUUAUGUUUCUGUUGGAGGGGUUUUGGCUUCCUUUGUUCUACUGGGUUCUGUUUUUUGGGUUGGUGCCAUUGAUGACGUGGGGUUUCACGAGACAGGAUCACUUUGGAGGUGGAGUGGACUGCCAACAGCAAUAAGCUUGUUCACUUUUUGUUAUUGCGGCCAUGCAAUUUUUCCCACACUCUGCAAUUCCAUGAAAGACAGAAGUCAAUUUCCCAAGGUUUUGCUCGUUUGUUUUGUUUUGAGCGGCCUCACUUAUGGAUCGAUGGCUGUGCUCGGAUACUUGAUGUUUGGAGAUAAUCUGUCAUCCCAAGUGACGUUAAAUCUUCCUACUGCAAAAAUCAGUUCAAAAAUUGCAAUUUACACCACGCUGGUCAACCCAAUUACCAAGUAUGCCAUAAUCAUUGCUCCAAUUGCAACAGCAGCUGAAGAUGCGUUUCGUUUCCGAAAUAGCAGAACUAUGAGCCUUCUCAUUAGAACAAGUUUGGUCGUCAGCACGGUUGUAGUGGCACUUUGCAUUCCGUUUUUUGGAUACGUAAUGGGAUUUAUAGGUGCAUUUUUGAGCAUCAGCGUCUCAAUGUUAUUCCCAUGCCUUUGUUAUCUGAAGAUCAAGAAAGCCUACAGGAGAUGGGGGCCAGAGUUGGUCUCAAUUAUGCUAAUUUUAGUUUUAGGGAUAAUUGUUUCAGCGUUGGGUACUUACAUUUCCGUGAGAAAUAUAGUAAGGAAUGUCUUGUAAGGCACAGUUGCCUUAAUUAGUGAACUUAGAUGUAAACAAUGAGUGGAUGAAAUUUAGAGGAACAGA